CCUCCCUUUUUCACUCCUCACACGCAGCUUUGUGCUAAUCCAACAGCGACGUUGCAAUCCAACAUGGCCUUCAUCCGAUCAUUCACAGCUGGCUCAUGUAUACGUGACAUACGAAAUUGACCGUGGCCUACGGUCUGCUCCCAAUCGAUUGCAUCUUCUUUGGGAAGAUUCAGAAAUCGUAACUGCUUACGAAUUGGCACAGUUGCUAACUGGAAGAGAUUUGUUCUGCGACCUUGAUGCUGAUAUCCUAAGCGUUCACCGAGCUGCAGAUAUUGUUACUACUGGCCAGUGCUUACAACGAGUUCUAUGGAAUCCUCCACGGCGUCCUCGGUGUCAAGCAUAUCGAGAACAUCGUCAAUAUCCUCGCUCUCCUCCCUCGUCGAUCAAAACAAGUCGCUGCCAGCUGGCGCCCCCAUCUCAACCCUUUUCGAGAUCCGUCACACCCCAAGUGCUGGUCGUGCUGUUUUUGCUGCACAAGACAUCCUCGAAGACACAUUGAUAUGGCGAUCAGACGACUUGACGCUUUCGGUCCUGUUACGAGCGUAUAGACGAGAGGUGUGUGGACAAUGUUUUGGAUACGAGCAUGGUCGAGAUCUGGACAUACGGGACAAGACAGUGGGCUUUGCGUUCUGCAAUAAAGAGUGUCAAGAGAGAUGGAGGGAAGAAAGUGGUGAAAUAGGAGUAGACGCCUGGAGUGCUGUGGAGAGAUUAGUCAAGGGACGCAGCAAGGAGGAGAGCGACAUGGUCGAUGUUGAUCUGCCGCGGCCGAACAGGCUGGAGAUCACACAAGCGUGGGCGAGUGUUGCUGCGCAGGCGGCGCUAAUACGGGUUGCCAGGCAAGACGAACAGCAGACACCCGAGGGCAACGAGAACGUGGUACAGGUCACGAAGCAGCAUAAAAAGGCGUUGCAGAAGGCACUGCUUCAGCAGAUAUCACCGGAUGUCAUGAGCUUCUGCGUCAGCGGCAUCGUCUGGCGACAUCGCCACGCAGAAGGGUGGGAACGAGUGCUCGCUCUGGCCGACGACUCCACGCCCUACCAUAGCUCUGACGACCUCGGCGAUUUCACCAAGUCCUACCUGCACCUGCUCGCUACGCUCCCGUUGCCGCUCCUGCCUCUCGUCACACCCGAGUCGCUGUUCCUCCUCUCCUCCCGCGAUUCGCACAACGCGUUCGGCAUCCGCUCUCUCGAGGACGACGGCUCCGAGUUCUUUGGCUACGGAUGCUGGCCUGCUGCGAGCUACUUUAACCAUUCGUGUAGUGCGAACAUUGAGAAGAAGAGGAUAGAAAGGGCAUGGGAGUUUAGGGUGGGAAGGGAUAUUAAGAGGGGGGAGGAACUGUGCAUUACGUAUUUGAGUAGCGAAGAGAGGAAGUUGUCGAGGGAGAAGCGCAUGUCGACUCUGAAGGGGAGUUGGGGGUUUGACUGUGCAUGCGAACGGUGUGAGCGUCGGCUGUAGGUACAUUGAAUCAUCCUGUCAUGUAGAUGGUAGACUUCAAUAGUGGACGUACUAUGUUUCUGGCUCGGUAUGUCACCGUCAUGCUGCAUCUAGAUGCAGCAUAGUAAGCACCAUCGUGCAUGACGAGCAAUCGGCCAAGUGCGUGAGGCAUUUCCAGGUGACGAAAAUGAGCAACGAUAGACAAAGUCAAUCAAUAACCUGGACGCACGGCGUGCUGCGUUAUCCGUCUUGUGGAC